CAAGAGCCACUUCAGAUCAUAGGCACUCUUCCUCGUCGAUAAAACUCGGCUCAUAAAAGAAAAGUCAUCCGUUUAACACUUUCCUCUUCUCUCUCGAACUCUUCCCGAAGUGUUUUUCUCGUGUUACGAGAAACAGGAUUGUUUGAAUUACGCGGUGAUCAGUCGAGUGACCAUGAUGAAGUUCAAAUCGCUAUUUCGCAGAGGACAGCCCAGUCAGCAGCAAUCGGCGCAGCAACAGCAGCAAUCGGCGUCGCUGCGGCAGGCGCCGAGCGCCUCCUCAUUGGAGGCAAAGAGCGACGUUUCGCCGACCGGAAACAGCUGGGCCGGCUCCCUCAGCAAGGAGCCGGCCAGGCCCAAAGCAACGACAGCGUCAAAGGGCCCUGUCAAGGUCUCCAGGAUGCAGGAGUUGGAGCGCGAGGUCGAGGCCCUGCGUAAGGAUCGCACGCGUCUCGAGGCGAAUCUGCGUGACGCGGUUUCUGAUGGUCAGAAGCUGCGUGAACUGCGUGUCGAGCUAGCUACUCUCAAGGAGCAGCAUAGUCUGGAGCUAGAACGUCUUACUGAAGAGAACAACGCUGUUCGUGCUCGUCUCAGGGACGUGGCACACUCUCCACUGUCAGAUUCGGAGAAACAGCAACUGUUGCUAGAUGCUUCAAGACUUCAUAACUCUGCACCAGCUUCCAUCGCCAUUCCUCAGGAUGAUGGAUCUGCACACAAUACCAGUACACCUCAGGAAGGAGCUCAGUGCACCACACCGGACUGGGACAAGCACUCCUCCAGCUCGAUGUCUGAGAUUUCGGUUGCAUGCUUGCAGGAUAGGAUCCUGCAAAUGGAGGAAACGCAUUAUUCCACAAACGAGGAAUUGCAGGCGACUAUUCAGGAAUUAAGCGACUUGCAGGCACAACUGACAGAAUUACAAGCAGAUAAUGAAAGGCUAACCGAGGAGAAAGGAGUUCUUUUGGAGUCAUUGUGCCGUCAGACAGAGAAGCUAGAAGACUCUCGUUCCAAGGUUGACACCUUACAGGGGUUACUUUUAAGAGAAGAACAACCACAGGAAGCAUCUAAGGGUUAUAAUACAGAAAGGGAACAGAAGCUUGUAGACCUCCUGAAAAGUGCGCAAGAGGAACGAGAGACUUUACUUCAGAAGCAGGAAGAGUUGACCAGUGAACUGAAGAAUUUGAGAGCAACUGCUGACGCUAGUGCGGUAGAGACUGAGCGUCUGACGAAAUGCGUCGAGUUACUAGAGGCAUCGGUGGACGCGGCGAAUAUCGAACGAAAGCAAUUGGACAUGGAAUUGGCAGAAGCUAGGCAGGAGGGGGCGAAUCGAAGUAUAGAAAUUAGUAGAUUAGCGACUUUGUUGGAGAACGCACGCGCAAAGAUCGAAGAGUUGGAGCAAUCGAGGCAGCUGGAAAAUAAGAGUGAAGCGGAUGAACUGUUAGACGCGGCCAGAAGGGAGAAAGAUACGCUCGAAACGCAAGCAGCAGCAUUGCAGGAACAGUUGGCACGUUCACAUUGCGACCACGAUCGACUGAAAGAUCAGUAUUCGCAGCUUCAGGAAGAAUAUAAAGUGGCUCGCAAUAACGCGAAAUCCGCCAUAGACGACUUGGAGUACAGGCUGAAUCAGUUGAAGGAUGAACGGUUAUCUGUGAGCACGGAACUGCAACUUGUCCGAGACUCCCUGGCAGAAUUGCAGACGCAGUGCCAACGGCACCUGGAGGAUAAACGAGAGCUGAAAGCCGCGCUGAGCGAAGCACAACGCAGAGAACGCGAAGCGCAAACGCACCAGUAUGAGUCGGAGCGCGCGUUGGCUGACGAACGUAAACUGAGACAGGAGGAAAGCGCGGAGUGGGAACAGUUCCAGACAGAUUUGCUGAUGACUGUGCGAGUUGCCAACGACUUCAAGACCGAAGCUCAGAGCGAGUUGGAACGCGUGGUCAUGGAGAACAAGGCACAGAGAGAUAAGCUGAGAGCGCUGGAAGCACAACUUGAUAAACUUAAUAAAGAUAGCACUGUAGCGAGUUGCAAAACACUCGAUGAUGUCACUAACGGAAGUAAAGAGAAAAUAGCGAGUGUUUUGCUAAAGCGUGGUCGGAUGAUUCUAAAGAAGCGAUACGAUACGAGAAAGCACGCAUUACGAAAUAGCUUAUUCAAAGCAACGAUGAGCGAUUGGGACUCGCAUAAAACGAGGCUUGAAGACAUCAAUACUGCGAAUCAAAACGGACUCAAUUUAUCGAAUAAUAACCUGGCUAUAACAGCGGGUACGUCAGCACUCGAGGAAACUGUUAAAGUGGAAGACAAAUUAAUUUUCAGAGAGAAGAUUGAAUUCGAUCCUACGAAUCGCAUCGACAGUAAACAUACCGACGAAUGUACUACAGAUGGAGCAAUCAAAUAUUUAACGAAUGAAAAUUCGAGACAAUUAAAAGUCUCGAAGAACGAAUCGUCAAAGUUCUAUUUGAACGACUUUGAAUCGGAUAAGGCUCAUAAUUCAUUCGAUAAAUCUCCAAUAAUCACGAAAGAUUAUCCGAAACUGUACAUUACCGUUACUGAUACAUCCGAUAAAAACGCGGUGGCCAAGAGUUCCUUAUUGAAAAGCAUUCGUAGUAUUCAAAACGCUAACGGAGGCUUAUACGGCAUUAACAUUUCCAAUAGUCGAUUCUUCGUACCAAAAGAUUAUAUAUUUUCUGGUGUGGAGAGCGCGAUGAACGACCUUAAGUUUGAAGUCGAUCCAGAAAUGGGAAGGUUGUUGCAGAGAAGUUACAGCAAUCCGCAAGUCAGCAGUUUGCCUUCUCCAGUCAAUAUCGAAAUAAAUCCGUCAUCUCUAGAUAAUACAAUAGCAACAGCGGAAAAUUUGACUGCUGGGAGCAACUCGACGAAACUACUAGAUUCAGACCUUAGGAAUAUAAAAUCACUUUCAGAUUCCGUGUGUGUAAUAUCAAAAGAAAGCGACAAGGUUGAACAAAGGAAAAAACUAUUUUUUAAAAGACCUGACUUAAAACCGAGUUGUGAAAUUGACUCUAUCUUGACUGAAACGACUUCGAAAUCAAAAAUGCUCGCAGAUUCACAAAUUAGAAAUCAUGCUGAAUCAUUAGAUGAACUUGACAAUCGUCAUAGAAUACACGAAAACGAUAAAAAACUACUAGAAAUGAAAGAAUACGAGAAUCAUGAAUCUUUUUUAUUUAAAGAGUAUGUAAAAAAUGAAAUAACAAAAGGAAAAACAUCAUACAAUAAUAAUGACCAAACUAUGACAAAAUCUCUGUCUCUUGAUGCUACACCAGAAGAUAAAAAAGUUUUUGACACGAUUGAAGAUUCAAAAAUACCAAACUCAUCUGAUAAAAAUAUCGAAAUAAAAUUGUCGAGAUUAACAAAGAAUGGAAAUAAUAAACGGGAGAAAAUAAAGAGUUCUCAUGAUAUAUUAAACGCUCCUCUGAUGAGAUGGAAAUCAUAUCCAUUAUUAACGCCCUCAGAAAUCGAAUAUAAAUCUAGAUAUUAUUCAUCGAUUCCAGUUAUUUCAUCGGGCACGUCAAAAGACAUUUUGAGUAAUCUUUCAGAGAAAGAACCAGAGAUUUCGGAAUUGAUCUCAAAAUAUUCUAUUAACCAGAAAAAACAAGCUAGAUCUUUGACAUGCAUUGAACAGUUGCAAGAAUCAACAUAUUCAAAUCUAAGCGAGACAAAUCGAUUAACUCGUAUAAAAUUCUUGCAAAGUAGCAUACUGGCAAACGAGAACGAUUUUCAGAUCGAGAAAACGACUUUUUCCAAAAGUAAGCUCCGCACGACGAGCGAAAAACCUAAGGUGUCGCAAAAUAAUGCGCAUUUGGAGCCGAAUCAAUCCUCACCGAUGGGACGGACGUCAUCCUUAAGAGAAAAAUUUGAGACGAUCGUAGAGGACGUGGAAUUGAUGACGCUGUCGGGACAGCAAAUGAGCGAAUCUUACGACCCUAACCAAAAAGUAAUACAACCACCUACAAGGCCAGUCAGCACGCCGACGGAGACUCAACAAUCCGUGCUGACGAGUGUGCAACAAGAGAUCGCUGCUCGUAGGAAAGCGAAUAUUUCGCGUCAAGACUCGAGGCUUUCCGUAAAGUGCCUGAUCGAGAGCAUCGAAAAUGCCACGAAACAAGCUAAAGCCGGACCUGGAAGUCGUAGCAGUUCUACAUCGUCUCUAAAUUCUAUUGGAACUACAGAUAUCAUGUCUUUAAAAGCUCCUCUCAGGGACCAACAGCAGAUCAACAAUUUAAUCUGCACGGCGAAUUCGACAAACAACAACAAAACGCAAUCUACUAUCACAAAAAAACCAGUGUCAGAGACAAAAUCAACGCCUGUGGUUUUGAGUCCAGGUGAGCUGCUGGAUUCAGCUGCUUUGAAUGCCAAGGCGAUUGACUUCGUACGUCGAAAUAGCGUCACCGAUCUAUCGGAGCGUAAAGAUCCCUUGUGUGGUUUAGUCAAGAAUGGUGGAUCCAAGCGCAACGCCUUGCUCAAGUGGUGUCAAAAUAAAACGAUAGGUUAUCGGAAUAUUGAUAUAACUAACUUUAGCAGUUCCUGGAAUGAUGGCCUAGCGCUAUGCGCGAUUCUGCAUUCCUAUCUGCCGCGAAAGGUACCGUACGAUACGUUGACGCCAGUCGAAAAGCGGCGGAAUUUCUCGAUCGCCUUCUCUGCUGCCGAAAGUGUUGGCAUACCAACUACUUUGAACAUCGGUGAAAUGUGUCAACUCGAGCGACCUGAUUGGCAGCAAGUCAUGACAUACGUGACUAGCAUUUACAAGCACUUCGAAACGUAACUGAUCACUUUCAGUGCAUUACUUCUAUUAUCAUUGCACAGGCGGCAUGAGAGAGAACAAUAGUAUCUAGUCAAGCAAAUUUUUAUAAUGAAGAAGGAAGCUAUGCUGCAAGAAAGAUUCUCAAAAUUUGUCAAGGAUCGCUGAAUCAGCACUGCCUACGUAAUUAUAUUCCUCUCUAUGUGUUGUAUAUAGUUUCGACUCGAAGAAUGUACAGGCCAUUGGAGUAUAUAUGCAAAGAAUUCGAUGGAAGACCAAACACCAAAUGGAAUUGCCGUUACUAUGAGACUGAAAACAUACAUAUACCACACGUACACAAGGCGGAUGCGCUUUGUAAAGUACAAGCGAAUUUGGGAAGAAUCUUACGUAUGUCAAAUAAGAGGAGCCAAGAAAUUAUAAGCUUCGCGAGUAGUCUUCUGCAGACGAAAGUAGUCGCGAAUAAAACUGCGCAUGGUGUUCCUCAAAGAUAAAGCUCGGCGUUAUGCGUUCACGAAGAGUACACAUGCAUUGUAGUCUUUUGCACCGUUCUUGCAAAGAAUAAAUCGGAAAUCGAGUAUUUGCGUUCCUCUCGUACCGACUAUUUUUGUACGUGUAUUAUUUUUCGAGAGACUUUUUGUAGAGUUUACAAAAUACGAAUGUACAGAACAAAGCGCCUUAAUUUAAGAGAUCUAAUUUAUUGCAAUUAGUCGCAUUUAGUGCUCUUACCAAGCAGAGAGGUCCGUCCCCUCCUCUCCUACUCCAUACUCAUGAGUAAAUCGUUUUACGUUUCUACUCUUGUUAAGAAAAAAAAAAAAAAGAAAGCUCUAGAAGGAACAAUUAUGUCGUGCGAAGAUUAAGUUCUCUGUGAUAUAGCAAGAUAGCCCCGAGACAGAGAUACAGACGUUAUCGUUAUUGCUAUUACUAUUAUUACACUAUUAUCGCUAUUGAUAUCGUCCUUAUCGUCGUUGUUGUACCAUUGUAGACAAUACGAAUAUUGCUGUCUGAUGUAAAACAAUAAACUUGCCUAAUGGAUAUUUAAGAUCCAGGUAUCCUGAGUAA